UUAUAUUUUUCCCCUCCCCUUCCCACUCGCCCGGCUCUGCGGACGUGCUCGCUCCCGCAGCCGGCCGGACCGCUCCGCGCCCGCGGAGGGGGGCCCCGCGCCCCGCCGAGCCUCAGGGCCCCUGCGGAUGGGCGAAGCUCUCCUCCGGCCGCCCGUCCUCCCGCCGACUCGCCUGCUGGGCGCACCGCCUCUUUGUCCUCCUGCACCUCCAGUUUUUUCUUUAAAUUUUUUUAAAUUUUUUUUUUUUUUUUUUUAAGCAGACCUGAACAUCAGCGGGGGCGGGGAGGGUGGGGAGGGGGGCCGAGCGACGCUGCCAGACCGACCCCUGCCCAUUUCUCCUAAGGAACUCUCAUGGCUUCACAGCUGCAGACAAGUUGCCCUGCAUCUUGGUGGACUAUCGGAGUUUGCAUCCUGGCGGCCGCGCUCCUACCAGGGCUGCAAGCUCAGACUGUCUUAGUCAAUGACACAGUCUCGGGGUUUAUCGGGACAGACGUGGUCCUGCACUGCAGCUUCACCAAUCCGCUCCCCAAUGUGAAGAUCACGCAGGUCACGUGGCAGAAAGCCACCAACGGUUCCAAGCAGAAUGUGGCCAUCUACAACCCUGCCAUGGGGGUCUCCAUCCUCUCUCCCUACAAAGAGCGUGUGACUUUCCGGAAUCCUUCCUUCAAAGAUGGCACCAUUCAGCUCUCUCGGCUAGAGCUGGAGGAUGAGGGAGUUUACAUCUGUGAGUUUGCUACCUUCCCAACUGGCAACCGGGAAAGUCAGCUGAACCUCACUGUGCUGGCCAAGCCCACAAAUCGGAUGGAGGGCACCAAGCGGCCACUUAUUGCUAAGUCUGGCAGGACGGAAAAGAUCUUGGUAGCUACCUGCACCUCCUCUAAUGGGAAGCCCCCCAGCACUGUCACCUGGGACACCAAGCUCAAAGGGGAAGCGGAGUUUCAGGAGAUCCGGAAUAGCAAUGGAACCAUCACAGUGAUCAGCCGGUACCGGCUGGUGCCGAGCCGGGAGGCCCACCGGCAGCAGCUCAUGUGCGUGGUCAAUUACCAGCUGGACCGCUUCACCGACAGCAUGACCCUCAACGUGCAGUAUGAGCCAGAAGUCACUAUUGAGGGCUUUGAUGGCAACUGGUUUCUCAACCGGAAGGAUGUGAAGCUGAUAUGCAAAUCUGAUGCCAACCCCCCAGCUCACACCUAUGAAUGGAAGCUGCCAAACGGGACUCUGCCAGGGAGCGUGGAAAUCCAGAACAACACCAUCUACUUUAAAGGGCCUGUCUCCUACAGUGUGGCUGGCACCUACAUCUGUGAGGCCUCCAACGCCAUCGGUACACGGUCGGGCUUGGUGGAAGUCAAUGUCACAGAAUUUCCCUACACCCCGUCUCCAAUUGAUGAUCGCAAAUCCAUGGUGCAGCCGAACAUCCCCACACCGGUGAUUGGGGGCAUAGUGGGAGGAGUCUCGCUGGUCCUGGUGGUGGCCGUGGUGCUAUUUGUGGUACUCCGGCGCCGGCGUCACACCUUCAAGGGUGACUACAGCACAAAGAAGCACGUGUACGGCAAUGGCUACAGCAAGGCCGGCAUCCCACAGCAUCACCCCCCCAUGGCCCAGAACCUCCAGUAUCCCGACGACUCGGAUGACGAGAAGAAGCCAGGCCCGCUGGGCGGCAGCACCUACGAAGAUGAGGACGAGGAUGCGGGAGGCGAGCGCAAGCUGGGUGGCCCCAACAAAUACGAGGAGGAUGCUAAGCGGCCUUACUUCACGGUAGACGAGGGGGAGGCGCAUCCUGAACCUUACGACGAAAGGACACUCGGCUUCCAGUACGACCCCGAGCAGCUCGACAUAGCGGAGAACAUGGUCUCACAGAACGACGGAUCUUUUAUUUCCAAAAAGGAGUGGUACGUGUAGCUCGGCACCCCAUUGCUACACACACACACACACACAAACACGAACACACGAGUGAUGCCCUCCCACUCCCCCUGCAUCCCUGCCGAGCAGAGCCAAGUGGAGCCGAGCGUGCCGCGGCCGCUCGCACACACACUGCACGCACGCUCCCCCCCGCACACGCUCGCACGCCCCUGGCCAGCCCUGGGCGCUCGGCAGAGACUUUGGACGCUUCCAGCACUGGCAGGAAGGGCGGGCUGGGGCGAGCGGGGAGGGAGGGCAGCUUUGCUUACAGAUCAUUUUUGGGGCGUACGGGAGGUGGGAGGUUGGGUAAUUAUUUUCUUGGUUUUGGUUUUGCUUUUUAAUUUCUCUGGAUGACUUUUGUCCCCUUCUGUGGUGUUUGUAUUGGUCGGUGGCUUAGGUGUUACUAUUUGCUUUAACGACUGUUGCCCAGCCUGUAUAUUACACUCUGUUUAGUGUCUUCAUGUCUCAGAGUGCCCUUCUCCCCCGAGGUUCCUCCUCCCAUUUCCGCACCCCUGAAACACUGGAAUUUGUUUGUAUGUUGUCUUCUUUGUUUUAUUUUUAACUUUGGGAGGGGGUCAAGCGAGCUGUCCUAGGACGGUGGCCAGGAAAGCUUAUGGCAGUGGAAACAUAGGUGCCAUUAUCAGGUGAACUGAUUUUUUUUUCCUAAAUCGCUUUCUUUUCAGUGGGGUCAGCAUAGCGUUCCCAUUGCCCACUGCACGCCCAGGGAGAUCCACUCCCAGUUUUUAAUGACUCAGUAAAAGGAAAAUGAGGAGAGAGGGGGGACAAAAAGCCCUAGAACAAACCCCAGGUGCAUGGGCUGAUAGCAGGGCAGGGAAACAGAGCUGCCAUUUUCCUCCUACAAUUUAUUAUUUCCUGGCUUUUCAUUUUCUGUCUUUGUUUGAGUGUUCUUUUAAAAGAAAGAAAAGGAGUAUUUAUUGCUGACAUUUUUUCCCUUGUGAUGGCUGAGAAAUGCUGGCUCUUUUUGUUCUUGUAGCUGUUGUUGUUGCUAGUACGAGCCACAGAGCAGUUAACUCUGGCACAACGGUUGUGCGCAGUGUAUCGUGCACACACCUUGCUGCCAUUGCCUGGGGAAGGGGACCAACCAAUACUGCUUUGCUUCUCCCACAAACUCACUGCCUUCAGCUCUGGUCUGCAGAGCCUGGCAGGGCAGAUCUCCCAUCCAGUGUCUUUGAGGGCUGCAGUACAAGAUUAGGCCCCUAAGUUUUAUUAUACCACUAAAACGUAAUUGUCAUGUGUUUACACUUUUUUUGGGGGGGUCAAAGCAUGGGGGCACUUCUUUCUGACUAUCCUAGCAACAGCCCCAGCACUUAGCUAUACUGCUUAGUCUGUAUUGAUUGUCACUUUUCCAAUCUCACAUUCCUCUUCUAAGCAAAGGUUUGGUAGACAGGGCAGGAGUGAGUGAGCCUGGGGUAUUGAUCUCGUCCUCCUUCCCUUGAGCCACUGCGUUGUGGUGGGGAGGCUUGGAUUGCUGCUAUCUCUGCUCUGUGGAUGAAUGGGAUUCCAGACUUUCAGGGCCUUCUGUCUGACACUGACCAUAUCCAAAUUAGAUUUACUGGGUUGGGGCUUAUUUUUCUUCUUGUGGGUUGUUUUUUGGUUUUGUUUUUGUUUUUUAAUUUGAUGUAUAAAUAAAUCUUUUGUUUGAAAAGAAAUCCCCAGUUUUCUGAGCUGUAUUAUCAUGCACAUCUAAAAAUAGCAGGACUAAUUCUCCUCUUGCCUUACCCGCUGGGUUUUGUUCCAUAGCAUCCAGCAGUUAUCCUGCUACAAAAGGGAAGGUGGAGAGUCAGACCCACGCAGAUGAGUCAAGGUCAGAUCUCUGAUCCAGGCAGCCUCCAGUGCUUUCGUUUAGCGUGUGGUGCUUGGUCCAGGCAAUGUGAAGCUCAGCCUGAGCCAUCCACAGUUUGUAGCUUGCUCUUACUGGGUUAGUGGUGUUGGGGAGUGGGAAAUGCGAUUGUUACGCUGUAAUCUUCCUGCUGUUCCUGCCAGCCCUCCCUGCUUCCUGGCUUCUGGCAGAACAGCCAUAUGCCACAGGAAGGCUGCUUUAUGUCCACUCGAAACAGGGCAGACACCGAUUCCCUCGGGAUCUCUCGGCCUGAACCUUAAAAUAACACAGCUAAGCUUUCCUGUGUCCGUCCACUGCCACCAGGAGCACCCGGCUACCAAGCAACCCCCCAGUAAAGAAAAUGAAAUCUCUAACAUCUCUUUAUAUCUCUGAUUACUAGUAGGUGCUGAUUAUUAAGGAUUUUGUAAACCUGCAGAGGGAAUGACUUCCCUCCAGUGCCUUGGGAUAACAGCAUAGGCAGGGCUUUAAUUCCCCAAAGUCUGAACCCUGUAAUCUGGAUCAGGACACAGCAGCAUUGCUGAGCACUGUACCUUAGCCACAGCUUGCUUUAAUGUAACAUGGGAUAUGCUGCACAUCCUGCAUAGUUUGUGGUUCAGAGAUAAAGCUCAACAAAGUCCAUCUCUCAAGUGAAUAACCCUUUAGAUCUGAAUUUCACAACUAGGCUCUAAAGAGGGUUGUGACAACGUCUCCAACACCAAACUCUGGGUGGUCCGCGAUCAAGCGCAGAGUGGAAAUCGGUGGCACAGACCCUCCUCUGCAAAUUUCCCCCAGCACAGAUAUAUGCUGCGAGGAGAUGGAUUUGGAAGAAAAUAACCUUUUAUAAAAUCUGCAGGGUCCAGCAGCGAUUCUUUCAUGUUCUGCAUCAGUCACAGGCAGGGGCCACUGAUCUGAUGCGGCAAAUUCACAUUGCACUGAUUCCACAGCACUGCGUCGCCCUAGCCCACAGUGAAGUUGUGUCCCAAAGACCAAGGGUACAAAGCCUUGCAGAUGGGGCAGAUAGGCCUGGGGAAGAAUGGAACAGUGCGAGUGUUCCUGAGUUAAGGUAUGGCUUGCAGGAGAUAUGAACAAGGAAACCUAAGAAAUGUGCUUUGGUACUUAUUAGCCUUGUGCUUAGAGGUGUCAUUUUUUGAGAUGUAGCCACCUUGGCUUAUUCAUUGCCCAUUCACACUGUGUCCAUGUAGUUGGCUGAAUCAGGGCUCAAAAAAACCCAGUGGGACUCAGAAAGAAAAGGAGGCAGCAGAACAAUGUGCUAUUUCCAAGCCAGAGCCUAUAUACCCUUCCCUUUCUGCUACAUCACACUUUCUGCUCCCCAGUACUGCACUAGCUCAAGUCUAGGAAAGAGCUCAGCCACUUAGCUCAUCAAUGUGGUUCAGAAGAGGGGUCAAAUGGUUAUUUUUCCUCCAGAACCUUGGCAAGUCUGGAGUGGAAGAUCCUUAGACAGUAUUGGCUGGCACAGCAGUGAGAUACCCUGCAAGUUCAAGGUUCAGUAGUGCAUUCCUGUCAUUCUUGGCCCCUUCAGCAUUACUCCAUUGAUGCAAUAAUCCCCACAGCCAUAGAGAAAUGACACCUCUGUGCAGUGAUUCACUUCUUGCUGUCCCUUGCAAGGUCAGCUAAUUGGCCAAGAGACUCUUGGGGUGGUAAUUAGCCAAGUGAUUAGCCAUUAAUCCAUAGCAAGGUAGAAGAAAAGAGAAGUGGUGGUGGUGGUGGUGGGUAAAUCAGAUUGAUGUUUCAUCUGAGAGCCAUUUUGAUCCAGUAAUAGCAUCAUUCCCUUCUGUGGGUUCAAUUGCUCUGAGGGGACCCUUGAAGGUAAUUAGAUCAGGUUUUCCACCGGCAUCAGGAAGAAAGUGAUACCUGUUGCUACCCGAAUGCGAGGGUGAGCUCAGUAGAGAUGCCAAAUUGAAGACCAUGUGCAUCCUGCUUCCUGGGAGGUGCUGCAGGGGAAUGAAGGUCCCCCUCUGGUCAUUGGGGAGCACAUCCCCAUCCUCUCUCAGUUCCCAGCCCCUGCUGUGGGCAUGGCAUUGGUCCCUCAGGUGCUGGGGAGCUGCUGCUCUCCAGGAAAUGCCCUGUUUUACGCUGGACCUGAACUGGUGUGUCGUGUUAGUUAUGCCCGAGUUGGCUUUCUGCCUGGGGAGCGCCAUCACACUGCCUGGGGACUGGGUGCCAGCAAAGUGCCUCAGAGGCAUGGCUGGUUGCCGUACCUCUAUUUGAAGGGAUCAUUGUCCAGAUCCCUUUGCUGGGUUCUUGCCAGCGAAGAGACAUAUCAGCGUGGUGCUUUUCCCUUCCCAAACCCUGAUCCUGGAUGGCAACUUGAGGCAAAACUUGUACCUCAAGAUUAAGGUGGAUGGAUGGGAAAGCUGAACAGAUAGAUGAGAAGGAGGUCAAUCUGAGCCCUGUGGUACAUCAGACUGGGUCUCACCACCAUCACAGCAAAGAAAAUGCAGGUGAAUUUGGGCCAAGCCCCCAACUCCUUCCAUGUGUGUAUUCAGGGAGUGGUACUGAAGCAGACACAUCUGUGUCACAACACAAAACGAGCCUGUAGUUUAUGUACAAAGACACCCCAGCUGUUUUCCUGCUGGGGCUUAUCGCUAGGGUUAUUCAUUGCAAUUCACCCUAGUGAUGUUAUUUUCCUUUAUUUAAUUACCAGAGUUUUUUUUCCCCUGUUGUUAAAUCAUUUUCAUUCAGCCAGGGGGAAAAAAAUUAAAAAAAUCCUGAAGAUUUCUUAGUAAAAAAAAAAAAAUCAAACAAACUGAAAUGGUAGCACCAAAUUGAUUGCAAAGACAUAAGGGACAAAGGGAGCCAUUUUCCUGAUGUUGAGUCAAAAAAGAAACACAACUGUUCAGCAGAAAUCACUGAGGGUUAGAGAGAGAGAGAGAGAUUCAAAAGAUUGAUCUUCAAGCAAUUAGAGAAGGGAAUGCAAUUAGAAUGGGGCCUGCUGCUCUCCUUUGCUGUUUUUCUUUCCCACACACAAGCACACACACACACACAGAUUUUUGAGUUUCAGGCACCAGUCGUUAUGCUCAAUGAGCAAGGGGAAGACCCCAUUGCCAUGUGUCACACCUGCAGGCUGCACAAAGCUCAGAGCUUUCGUAUCAUGGAAAUUGGGGUUGGGGGUCCCAGGCCCAUUUUGGUCUAAGAGGAAUAGCAGUGGGGCAGGUUGGAGCCCUUUCCCAGCAGGUUAAAAUUCACUGUAAGGUUCCCAUGCUCACAACCACUCCUGCCGUAGCACUGAAGUUUUCGGGUCUGUGUUAGCUCUGCUGGGAUGUGGGCAGUGGUCCCUGGUGGGGAGCAGAGAUGCUGCCAGCAUCCUGUGCACUGAUGCCGCUUCUUUGUUCUGUGGGGCUUACAAUAGCACUUUGCCCUCCUCUCGCCUGCAGUUUCAACCCCUCUUCCCCUCCCCUUCGUACUUGAUGCAAUUUGCUGCCAAUUUGAGCAACUUCUUGAGGGAGGCAGGGGAAGCCUUGGGGCAGGGGAGGGUGUGAGGAGCAGGGGGUGCUGCCUUCUGCAGCGGGGUGAAGGGGAGGAUUCAGUCCACCAGCAAAGGAAGCAAACCCAAGCCUUAGAGAGGGGGUGAGUUUGUACUUCAGACCGGUGUGAUUUUCCAUAUGUUAUUUACCUGGGGGUGAACAUACCAAGCAUAUGGAGUCAGAUCCUCCGCUAGCAUAAAUUGGUAUUGGUGGAGGUACUCUCACUGAGGAUCUGGUUUUUCUUUUCUUUUGCCUUUCUUUUUUUUAAAUGUGAUUCCUUAACUCCAGUGAUUUUAUCUCUCUUUUUCUUCUUCCUCUUGCUGUAAUAAUCAUUGUGGAAUAAAGACUACAGACAGACAAACAACCCCAACCCCACUUUUUUUUUUUUUGUAAUCUGUGUUGUAAGUGCUUUUGUAAAAAAUAAAAAAUAAAAAUAAUAAUAAUGUAAUGGACUUUUAUGAUUUUUUUGGUUUUUUGUUUUCCAUCCUUUGUAAUUUGUUUGUUUGGGGUCCAGGGGGGCAUUUUCAUGGUUAUAAUUUGUGUGGGUGGGGUGUUGCAUCACCCCUCCUUUUACUUGUAUAAAAACCAAUAGUGGCUCAGCUGUGGAAAAAAAAAUGUACUUUUUUAU